GGAGCCGGAGCGAGCCCGCCCCGGGGGGAGGGCGAGGGCGGCGAGCCAUGACGGGCGGCGGCGCGGCGUUCCGCCGUCGGUGCUAGAGGGCGACCGCGGGGCGCGGAGCCCGCCUGGCUCGGCGGCGCGGAGCGCGGAGGCAGCGCGGAGGGGCCGCCGCCGCCGCCGCCGCCAUGGGCAACGCGGGGAGCGUGGACUCGCAGCAGACGGAGUUCAGGGCGCACAGCGUGCCCCUCAAGCUACCCAUGCCCGAGCCCGGCGAGCUGGAGGAGCGCUUCGCCGUCGUCCUGAAUGCGAUGAACUUGCCUCCCGACAAAGCCCGGCUUCUGCGGCAGUACGACAACGAGAAGAAGUGGGAGCUCAUCUGUGACCAGGAAAGAUUUCAAGUGAAGAAUCCUCCACACACAUACAUCCAGAAGUUGAAGGGCUAUCUGGACCCAGCUGUAACCAGGAAGAAGUUCAGGAGACGAGUCCAAGAGUCUACUCAAGUGCUCCGGGAGCUGGAGAUUUCUUUAAGAACAAAUCACAUCGGAUGGGUCAGGGAGUUCCUGAAUGAGGAAAACAAAGGCCUGGAUGUUCUGGUGGAGUACUUGUCGUUUGCACAGUAUGCUGUCACGUUUGACUUCGAAAGUCUGGAGAACAGCGUGGAAAGCUCGAUGGACAAGUCGAAGCCGUGGAGCCGAUCUAUCGAGGACCUGCAGCGGGGCAGCAGCGCGGCGUCGCCGGCGGGCAGCAGCGCCACGCGCUCCGGCAGGCACUCCAACCUGCGGUAUAACACCUUGCCCAGCCGAAGAACACUGAAGAACUCCAGAUUAGUGAGUAAAAAAGACGAUGUUCACGUCUGCAUCAUGUGUUUACGGGCCAUAAUGAACUACCAGUAUGGAUUCAAUAUGGUCAUGUCACACCCACACGCCGUUAAUGAAAUUGCACUAAGUCUGAACAACAAGAAUCCCAGGACCAAGGCCCUUGUCCUAGAGCUGUUGGCAGCUGUUUGCCUCGUCAGAGGAGGCCAUGAGAUCAUUUUGUCUGCGUUCGAUAACUUUAAGGAGGUGUGUGGUGAGAAGCAGCGCUUUGAGAAGCUGAUGGAGCACUUCCGAAACGAGGACAACAACAUCGACUUCAUGGUGGCCUGCAUGCAGUUCAUCAACAUCGUGGUGCACUCCGUGGAGGACAUGAACUUCAGGGUCCACCUGCAGUACGAGUUCACCAAGCUGGGCCUGGAUGAGUACUUGGAUAAGCUGAAGCACACAGAGAGCGACAAGCUGCAGGUGCAAAUUCAGGCUUACCUGGAUAACGUUUUUGACGUGGGAGCGUUGCUGGAGGAUGCUGAAACCAAGAAUGCAGCCCUGGAAAGAGUUGAAGAACUGGAAGAAAACAUUUCCCAUUUAUCUGAGAAGCUCCAAGACACAGAGAACGAAGCCAUGGCGAAGAUUGUGGAACUGGAAAAGCAGCUCAUGCAGAGAAACAAAGAACUGGAUGUGAUUCGGGAGAUCUACAAAGAUGCAAACACUCAGGUUCACACCUUGAGAAAAAUGGUGAAGGAGAAAGAAGAAGCCAUCCAGCGACAGUCAACGCUGGAGAAGAAGAUCCAUGAACUGGAGAAGCAGGGAACCAUUAAGAUCCAGAAGAAAGGUGAUGGUGACAUCUCCAUCCUUCCUGUUGCUCUGGCCUCUGGGAUGGUGCCAGCAGGGUCGGAGCCUGUGGCUGGCACAUGUCUCACGCCGGUGUCUGGAGCUGCAUCUUCAGUGCCAUUGCCACCACCUCCACCACCGUUACCUCCCUUAGCAGCGGCGCCCGAGGCAGUGCACAACGGCCCCGUGUCAGCGCCGAUGCCGCCUCCACCGCCGCCGCCCCCGCCGCCCCCGCCGCCUCCCCUGCCCGGCCCGGCCCUGGAGACAGCCCCCACGGCCCCGCUGCCCCCGCCACCCCCGCCCUCAGCACCCCCCCUGCCCGGGACAGCCUCUCCCACCGUGGUGUUCAACUCAGGCCUGGCAGCUGUGAAAAUCAAGAAGCCCAUCAAGACCAAGUUCCGCAUGCCCGUGUUCAACUGGGUCGCGCUCAAACCCAACCAGAUCAACGGCACGGUCUUCAACGAGAUCGAUGACGAGAGGAUCCUGGAGGAUUUAAACGUGGACGAGUUUGAAGAAAUAUUCAAAACAAAAGCCCAAGGUCCAGCCAUUGAUCUUACCUCAAGCAAGCAGAAGAUCACUCAGAAGGGGUCGAACAAAGUGACGUUACUGGAUGCCAACAGGGCCAAAAACCUCGCCAUUACUUUAAGGAAAGCGGGCAAGACGGCGGACGAGAUCUGCAAAGCCAUUCACGUGUUCGACCUGAAGACGCUGCCGGUGGAUUUCGUGGAGUGCCUGAUGCGGUUCCUGCCCACGGAGAACGAGGUGAAGGUGCUGCGGCUGUACGAGCGCGAGAGGAAGCCCAUCGAGAACCUGUCGGACGAGGAUCGCUUCAUGAUGCAGUUCAGCAAGAUCGAGAGGCUCAUGCAGAAGAUGACCAUCAUGGCUUUCAUAGGCAACUUCGCAGAGAGCGUCCAGAUGCUGACCCCGCAACUGCACGCCAUCAUAGCUGCAUCUGUCUCCAUAAAGUCAUCCCAAAAGCUGAAGAAAAUACUGGAGAUAAUCCUGGCUCUUGGAAACUACAUGAACAGCAGUAAACGAGGAGCUGUGUAUGGAUUUAAGCUCCAGAGUUUAGACCUGCUCCUGGAGACAAAGUCAACGGACCGAAAGCAGACGCUGCUGCACUACAUUUCAAACGUGGUCAAGGAGAAGUACCAGCACGUGUCCCUCUUCUACAACGAGCUUCACUACGUGGAGAAGGCUGCUGCAGUGUCUCUAGAAAACGUCCUGCUGGAUGUGAAGGAGCUGCAGAGGGGCCUGGACCUGACGAAGCGCGAGUACACCAUGCACGACCACAACACCAUGCUGAAGGAGUUCAUCCAGAACAACGAAGGGAAGCUGAAGAAGCUGCAGGACGAUGCCAAAAUAGCCCAGGAUGCCUUUGAUGAUGCUGUGAAGUACUUUGGGGAGAAUCCCAAGACAACACCCCCCUCAGUCUUCUUCCCGGUGUUUGUCCGGUUUGUGAAGGCCUACAAGCAAGCAGAGGAAGAGAAUGAGAUGAGGAAAAAGCAGGAACAGGCCUUAAUGGAAAAACUGAUGGAGCAAGAGGCACUGAUGGAGCAACAGGACCAAAAGUCUCCUUCCCACAAAACAAAGAGGCAGCAGCAGGAGCUGAUCGCAGAGCUGAGGCGGCGGCAGGUGAAGGACAACAGGCACGUGUACGAAGGGAAGGACGGAGCCAUCGAAGACAUCAUCACAGCCCUAAAGAAGAAUAAUAUCACUAAAUUUCCCAAUGUUCACUCGAGGAUCUUCGCAGCCAGCCGUACCGCCGUGCCGACGCGCUGAGGCGCAGCGUGAGGCGCCGCUGCGACGACCACGGCCUGCGCUCCGCCAACGGCCCCGACCUGGCCCUGUGAGCCCCCCACGGCCCAGGAACCGCGCACAGGAACCGUGGGCUCUCCGCUCCACCCGUAGCUAACAAGUGCCUGCAACCCCGAGUACCCGCUCACACGGACCCAAGCAAUAGGACUUGAUUCGAUUGGGUGUCUCCUUGUUUCUACACCCACACAUCGCUCAGUAUUUGUAACCAAAAUGUGCAAACGCCUUGUUUUUGGGGGGGUUUGGGCUGAUCCUGUCACAGCUGGGUGACCCCGACCCGAGGCCGGGCUGGGUUUGAACGAGCGGCGCUCGGGCUCUGCUUCCCCGGCUUCAGCUGCACUUACUGGCUCCUUGUCUCCUGUUAAAAAAGGAAGGCGUGGAAGGGCUGCCUGGAUGGAGCCUGGAAAGGAUUCCCCAGAGAGCUGAGCCGCCUCCUUCCCCACAUCCCUCCCUCUGGGGAGGCAAAGGCCGGCGCACAAGAGGAGGGCGGCCGAGGCACAGCUCUGCUCUGCGGCUAGAGGCUGAGUCACAGCCUGUUUAUUCAUUAGCACUAAGGUAUUAACACCUCCAUGAUCAGUAUUAGGGCUCUGAGGCCCCGGGGCAGGCCUGGCACUGGCUCCAGCUGCCUCGGGCUGCCCCCUCUCCUUGCUGUGGGGAGCUCAGAGGGGACACACACACACACAGACACACACAGGGUGCAAUGUCCCAGCCCAGGGAGGGACAGGAGACUUCCCGCAGCCGCCGGGACCCCCGAGAGACCCCCGAGACGUGUCCUUGGCGCAGCUCAGCGCCCCGGCCCCAGCGCAGCACUACGCCCCUUGUAAAAUGGAUUGUAUAGUAUUUAACCACUGAAUCUCCUGCCCCUUUACGUUGUGCUUCCGUGGAUCCGCUGGUGAAGGCCCCGUUGUGUUGUUCCCCCUGGAUGAUAUGUAGUUAUACGAGACUCUGUUUUUAAAUGUACAGAUAUUUUGCUACAAAACUGGUGCAGUUUUUUAUGGUUUUUACACGUCUCUUUUACUCCCUCCUGCGCCUCUGGCUAAUACUGUAAAUAUUGUUUAAAGCCACCCCCAGCCCCCUCCCCCUCUCCAGCCUCAGCCCCUGCUCUACAAUCUGAAUGUUAUUUUAACUUAUAGUUGGUUUUUUUGGUUUUAUAUUUAACUGAAGGGACUGGUCUGGGGCUCCCCGUGAGCAGCGAGAGCUGCCCCUCUGCAGCAGCGCCCGAGAGAACGCGCCACGGCCGCACCGAGGGCUGUGCCUCUGCCUGCCCGGCCCUGGCACUGCCUCCCAGCAAGUGGCAGGGGAAUGGUUAAAAGCAGGGGCUCUCCCCUUCCUCAGCCCCCCAGGGUGUUAUCACAGGGGGACCAAAGGGGUGGGACAGCUGGAAGCUGCUGCUGGCGUGUUCUCUUCAAUAUUUUUCUAGUACUAGACCUGCUUCUUAGCGAUAUUAGAAGUGUUUUAUAAAAGCAGUUCAUGUUACUUUCCUGGUCUGUCCCUGGCAUAAGAUGAAAUAAACUAUUUACACUACUA